GUCGCCGUGGUGACCGCGGCCCCGGCGGCCCCGGAAGCGGCGGCGCACGCGGCCGGAAGCGGCGCACGCGGCGGCAGCGAUGGCGGCAGCGGUGGCGCGGCGCGGCUCCUUCUCGGACUCCGGCUCGGACUCGGAGGAUUCCUCGCUCUCGGACUCGGAGCUCCAGGAGGCCUUCGCGAGGGGCGCGCUGAAGCCGGGGCUCAACGUGGUGCUGGAGGAGCGGCCGAAGCGGCGCAAUGACGCGGACGGCCUGAAGCAGUGCCUGGCCGAGUUCAGGCAGCAGCUCACGUGGGUGGAAAGGCUGGACGUGACCCUGGGCCCGGUCACGGACCCCGCUGCUCAGAGUGCUUCCACGUCUGAGGCCGUUGACCCUGAGAACGAUUUCCAGAGAGAGAUGAGCUUCUACCGGCAGGCGCAGGCCGCUGUCCUGGAAGCCCUCCCUCGGCUGCGGAAGCUGCAGGUUCCCACGAGGAGGCCGGAUGAUUACUUUGCAGAGAUGGCCAAAUCAGACCAACAGAUGCAGAAGAUUCGACAGAAACUUAAGAGUAAACAGGAAGCAAUGGAAAGGUCUGAGAAAGCAAAACAACUCCGUGCAAUGAGAAAAUAUGGCAAGAAGGUGCAAGUUGAGGUUCUGCAGAGGAGACAAAAGGAGAAGAAAAAUAUGUUGAAUGCAGUCAAGAAAUACCAGAAAGGUCUCUCUGACAAGCUGGACUUUCUAGAGGAAGAGCAGACGUCAUCUCAAGGGAAUAAAAAAGGCAACGCAAAUCAACGGGCAAAGAAGGGACCAAAUGCCAAAAGACGAUACAAAAAUCAGAAGUUCGGUUUUGGUGGGAAGAAGAAGGGCUCAAAGUGGAACACAAAGGAGAGCUUUAAUGAUGUAUCCAGCUUCCAGGCAAAAGUGGCUCACAACAAAGGCCCAAGAAAAGGAGGAAAAGGAGGGAAAAAAGCCCUUAAUAAGAGACCUGGAAAGAGAGCAAGACAGAAAAUGAAGAACCGAGCCCGCUGAGAGAACUGUGCUCCCUAGUGGGGUUCCUGUGUUUCUUUGUGUUGCAAGAUGUGUUUCUGCUGUCAUCAAGCAGCUAACUGUGGAGCAAGCUGGAUGCUUUGCAGUGGCAAAGAAAAAAAGUCAGUGGAAACCAGUGCCUUAUCACUAAUUUCUUCUUGCUGUCUGUUUUGUUGAAGGGUUGUUUUCUACUUAAACCUUUGGUGUGUGAACGCAUUAAAUGGUUUGCACAGAAGUA